AGCCUUCUUUAGAGAAAUUACCAACUGUUCAAAAAAAAAAAAGAAGAUGAAAUUACCAUAUAAUUGGAAUAUUGGAUCACCUAUUACUCAUAAUAUUGUCAAAAUUAUGUUCAAAACAAUCUAAUUUGAAGUUUAUCAAAUUACUUUCGAGACGAAUUCUUCAAACAUUUAGUGUCCUUUCAAACCUAUCUACUUUGAGUUUAUUGGAUUAUAUUUGGUUUGAUUUUAUGCAACCAUUUUGAUCAUCCCUAAUUAGCCUCACUGUCAAUUACUUUUCUGUUUUCUCUUUGAAAAGGAAGCCUGCUAAAUGCUAAUUAGUAAUUAGAAUUACUAUGCUUCGGGGACUGCACUAUUUGAAACCGCUUCAUGUUUAGAAUAGUUUUUCCACAUCAGCCCUAGAUGUCUGCGAAAUUUCCCCUUUCUCUUCCCGCUCCCCAUUUUUCCAAUUCUCCCGCCAUUUGCAAUCCUCCAACCAUUUUCCUCUCGCUUCCUUUUAACACCCUCGCGAACACCUUCAUUCCCCUGCAGAAAACCCUAAACCCCCUCAAUUCCAAUUGUUUCCCCAGCCCGUUACCAUUCCCAAUUUCGCCUUCUCCUUCAUCCGCUCGCUUUCAAUGCCCGGAAUUUGAUCCCUUCUUCCCAACAGCUGCGACUAGUUUCUAGGGUUUCAUAUUCCGGGUAGUUAAGGAAGCUUUUGUAGAUGAAUAUUCGGUAGCGGCGAAGUUUGUAAUUGGAUUAUAGGCUGUGGUGGGACGAUGAGCGCUGUGAACAUCACCAACGUCGCUGUCUUGGAUAAUCCUGCCCCCUUCUCUUCGCCUUUUCAGUUCGAGAUCUCCUACGAGUGCUUGACUCCUCUUAAAGAUGAUCUGGAAUGGAAGCUAACAUAUGUGGGGUCUGCUGAGGAUGAAACAUACGAUCAACUACUAGAGAGUGUACUUGUGGGACCAGUCAAUGUUGGGAACUAUCGCUUUGUCUUGCAGGCUGAUCCUCCUGACCCAACCAGAAUUCGGGAGGAAGACAUCAUAGGGGUGACAGUCCUUUUGCUGACCUGCUCUUAUGUGGGUCAGGAGUUCGUUCGAGUUGGCUACUAUGUGAACAAUGACUAUGAAGAUGAGCAGCUAAGAGAGGAACCUCCACCUAAGGUGUUGCUCGAUAAGGUUCAGAGAAACAUCUUGUCUGACAAACCUCGUGUGACGAAAUUCCCCAUCAACUUCUAUCCUGAAAAUGGAGAAGGUGCUGCUGAGGAACAGCAGCCUGCAAAUGAUCAACCCAUUGAGGAUCAAAAUGAUCAAGCCAUUGAAACAGAAGCAACUGAUGAACCGCCACUUCCAUCAUCUCCUGAUCACUCUGCAGAGAAGGAGGAACCAUAAGCUGUCGUCUUCAGAUAAAAGUUAUCUUUUUUCCUGUCUAGGGCUUACUCGAUGGCUUUUGGCCAGAUACUUUCCUGAAUAUCUACAGAGAAGCGUCUCCUUUCAUUUUGACAGGAAGUUGGAAGGGUAAUAUGGGCGGGUUUGGUUGACUCAUUUUGUGUGGUGAACAGUCAAGUCGCACAGUUGUGUCCUAGUAGGUUAAUGGAACCGUCUUAGUUUCUCGCAACUGAAAAGAUGAAUCCUACUACCAAGUUUUUUGGUUUCUCCUUCUCAGUCAGCAGUACCAGGCUGUUGCUCAAGAGAUCCGCUUUGCCGGAAUGGCAUCCUCAAAGUCAAGGCUAUUGGUAGUAUUAGAAUUUCUGGCACCAAUAUCAAAAUCGUGCUUUCUUUAAAAGCUUAUGCUUUUUACACUUCUAAGUUAUCAUAAAAUUGUGUUUUUUAA